AUGUCCCCUCUCUCCCAGGACCAGACCGUCUCGGCUACCUAUGUCCACACCGAAGGCGCGGUCUCGUUGGCCUACUCGCCAGACGCAAGGUAUCUUUACUCCGGCGGCGCAGACGGGAUUCGGUGCUUCGAUCUGACGCAGUCGGUCGAUGCCGCAAAGACCAUCGAAUAUCACAAGGACCCCGUAACCGACUUGGAUUGUUCGUUCGACUUUCUUGCCUCCUGCUCGGAGUCUGGCGAGACUGUGCUGCAUGAGCAUGCGGCGUCAUCAGACCAAACCCCACCAUUCAAAUCCCUCAUCACCCGGACCUCGCUAGCCACGCGAUCGAUCAGAUUCUCUCCCAACCAAAGGAAACUCGCAGUAGCCUCAGACGAACUCUAUAUCAAAAUCGUCGAUGUCCAGGAUCCGCUGAACUCGAGUCUUUUAACCGGCCACACCAAAUCGAUCAAGUCCCUCUCCUGGUCGCCUGAUUCGACUCUCCUAGUCAGUUCUGGCUGCGAGGGCGUCUUGAGGAUUUGGAACCUCCCAAAACAAAACCCGUCUGGCGAAAUCCCAUGCUCGCAAGAGAUCGAUAAUAUCCUCCCACCGGUCAUACCGGAAUCUCACAAGUCAAUAGAGGCUGUCUGGCAUCCAUCUGGCAAAUAUUUCGUCGCCCCGAGUCGGGAAUCCGGACUGGCGAUCCUGACCAAAGCUGGGCCGGAUAAUCUGUGGAAGCGUUCGAGGACCGUCUGCCAACCUGAGGAGUCCAAGCAAACCAAGCCGAUUACUUCUCUAAGGUUCUCUCUGAACGGCAAAUAUCUUGCUACCGGCUGUCAAGACGGGAUAAUCGUCGUUUGGUCGACUCAGGCUUGGACGGUCGAGAAGAGUAUUCAACCUGAGGCUGAUUGCCCGAUCACCGCCAUCCAGUGGCGUCCCCAAGCCAAUUCCAUCGUGGCUGCGAACCAGCUUGGACAGGUCAUCAACUGGCACGACGUCGUCCCAUCCACCCAGCCUCCUCCCUUUAAUCCUCCCUCGCUAGCAGAACCCACUCGCGACGAGGAGCACGGGGAUGCUGGUCUGCUUGGAGAGGACUUCGACCCUUUCGAAGGAGAGGUUGGUUACGAGAACGAGGACUGGGUGAUCGAUGAUCUUGAUACUGCAAAGAACACUCACCGGUCAACCACAGCCACAAAGCAAAAUUCAUCCACCCAUUACCAUCAGUCUUCAUCCCGAAACCCCAAUCUCACGUAUCACGUCUCUGCCGGUCAUGCUCAAGAAGCUUUCCAACCUGGUGCGACUACCCUCAAGCAUCGCUCUCUCGAAACUCGAACUGCCAGGCGAUAUCUGGCGUUCAACUCACUAGGCCGAGUGCAUAUACUCGAGAAAGAGGAAGAGAACAUUGUGACGGUAGAGUUCCAUGACCAGGGUCGACACAGGGGAUACCAUUUCGCGGACCUGUUCAAAUUCAAUCUGGGCUCGCUGGGUAAUCUGGGUCUUGCCUUUGCAUGCAGCGCGACUCGGUCGAAUCCAUCGGUGGUCCGAUAUCUGCCCUUCGAGUCCUGGACCACCGGAGGCUUCGCAUUUGGGGGCUCGGAGACGAUCGGGGUGGAUGAGGAAGCCAGCUGGGAGUUCGAGCUCCCCAACGCGGAGAGCGCGACGUGUGUUGCUUGCGGAGGAUGUGCCAAUGAGGACGGCAAGAUCGAUCGGGACGGCUUGGCGGGAUCGGGCACGGUGGCCGUGGGGACCAACCUGGGCUACGUCCGCCUGUUCUCAGGAAGUGGCAUACAAACUUACGUCUGGAACCUGGGCCAGCAGAUCGUCAGCUUGGCAUGCAGCCAUGAGUUUAUCUUUGUCGUCCACCGGCCUUCGAUCCUCCCCCAAAACCAUCCACUGAGCUACACCCUCAUGGACAGUAGCUCGUUCGAGAUCGUCCAGGAAGGCACCAUCCCACUCCCCAACAUCGGCGUCGUUCUCUCCUGGAUCGGAUUCAGCCAUCCGCAUUCAAUUCCUGCUUGCUAUGAUUCCACGGGGGUCCUCUCCUUCUUGGACAAGGCCCGAAGACCUCGCCAAGGCCGUUGGGUUCCUAUGCUGGCCACAGCCUCGCUCAAAACUGAAGGGCAGUUGGAUCGAGUUUACUGGCCAGUUAGCGUAUCUGACUCUCAGCUGUCUUGUAUUGUCUUCAGGGGAGGCGAAACCCAGCCCACUAUUCCAGCCCCAAUACUCCAGCAUGUCCAACUCCAAAUGCCACUCUUAGAACAAGAUUCGCCGCAAGGUCAACUCGAAGAAAGCUAUCUACGUGGCUCUUUGAUCCAUCAUCACCGGGCCGAUCUAGCCAAGCCGGAAGAUACGUUGCUGAGCUCUGAACUGAGUACCAACCAACUCGAGCUAGAGAAGCAACUUUUGAAAUUGAUUGAGACUUGUUGCAAGGUUGAACCGGAGCCGUCACUACAAAAAGCGCUGGACUACUCGAUUUGUCUGAAGAACAUGAAUACAUUGGAAGCAUCGGUGAAGAUCUGCAAAUUCUUUAAUCUAGCCGGAUUGCAGGAAAGGGUUUCCAAGUUACGCGAUGCAAGAGAGCUCGAAAACGAUUUAUCGGACCCAUCUGGCCUCAGUAAACGGAAGUCGAAGUAUGCGCAUCUUGAAGAUUACGAGAUUAUCGCCGAAUCCAAAUCGUCAUCGAAGCGGAAAGCGAGCGAUUCGGCCUUCAACGAUAUCUUCCUGAGGCCGUUCGAGGCUUCGUUGUCUGCUCGUCCCGCGAGGGUCUUCAACCAAGCCGACAUCUUCAAAGCCCCGGCGCCCGUCCGAAGGGCCGACCAGGUCGCAGCUCAGGAGGAAGGCGAAGAACCCUGGAGAGACGAACAACUCGAUCUAAGCUCGACUCUCGAAGUCACAACCGAUUCUCUCAUGCAUGAUGCUGAUGAUGACCUUGGAAGUCUGAACAGUAGCAUCAAACGUCCCAAGCUUAGUGAAUAUAGUCUCAACAGUCAGGCCCAAAGUACCCCCAGGGAAUCGACCAAUCCGUUUGCGAAGAAGCCGCUCCGGCCGGCAAGCACGAACCAGUCGAACACGAGUAACUUAUUCGGGACGAAGACGCCGGCGACGCCGGAGCUGAAGAAGCCGGGCAAGUUCUUCGACCGGGUGGAUGAGCGGAACGGCGUCGCCAGCGUCGGCGCCAAAAAUAGCCUCAUCAACUCCAACGUCAAGCGCAAAGUCAAGCAAUCUACUCUGUUGGAUUUUGCGGCCAAACCCGCUCCUGCGCCGCCAAGAGACCAACCGAAAGACCAGUAA